GUGAAAAUAUUUUAUUUAAAGUCACUGUCUCUCUUAGGCGCUGAAGAUCAAGCUUGCUGAAGGAACCUCAGAAAAAUACAGUAUGCUAAAAGUAGAUGAUGUCCUGUUUGUAAAGCCCGUGGUAAAGACUUCUGAUGGUGCUACCUUAGUUCUUGUUGAUGGAGAAUUAUAUGAGCCUGCUGCUGCAGUUGUGCAAGAAAUAACACCACCGCCUGCUAACUCUGUACCAAAAAAGUCAUCUGUAGCUGAUGAAGCUAUCUCUGAAACUUCACCACCCUUUUCUCCAUUAGAAAAUACUCUAGCUAAACAUACUUUACAACGACCGAAGCAGAAGUUAGAAAUGGUUUCUGUUAAACAAACAAGCUUUGCAGUGGAUGGCUUGAAGGUUGGAAUGCAAGGUGGUGGCCAGUUCAGACAACAUUUGACUGAUGAAGGUUUCACUGUUUCCAUUUUGUAUCCUGAUGUUAAAGAGAAGUAUGUUGAACUAUUUGAAUACCAGCACAGGAAAUGUGCGAGUGCUCCAGUGGACAAGACGUACAAACCUGUUGUUGGAGAUAUGGUUGCAGCUUUUGCUAAAAUUGAAAGUGAAGAGGAAAACGAAACAUGGAAUAGAGCAUACAUUAUGUCUAUUGGUAGUUCUAGCUACCGUGUUAAUUUCUGUGAUGUGGGGCUUAUAGGAAAUGUGAAAACUGUGAAGAAACUACCCCAGAAUUUAACAUUGAUUCCAGAAUUGGCUGCUAGGUGCAGUGUUAUUAGCUGCACCAGUCCCAAGGAGAAACUCUGGUCUGCCGGGAGUGACCGGUUUUUAUUCAUGGUGACAGAUGUGGAUGAGACUCAUAAAACAACGACAUGUAUUUUACGGUCACUUACCAAUGAAGAAUUAUGCAAGGCAGUGCUGAAACGAUGGAUUCCAUCAGUAGAAGAUGAGGGAAUGAAGAGUAUUGAAAUCAAGAAUAAUGAUACUGUUAUUCUUCAAGUAUUUUUUGAUCAGAAAUCACUGUUUGUACGUCCUGCAUCAAAGAGUUCAAGGGACAUGUUUUGUCAGUUAAUUCAGGAUGUUGGCCUGCACUGCAUAAAAGCUCCAGAAUUGGACCAUGUGCCAAGAAAGAAUGAAAUAGUUGCUUGCAAGUUUGUGGCAGAUGGAAACUAUUACAGAGCCAAAGUCCUUGGUGUUGAAAACCAAACUGCAAAAGUAAUUUACGUUGACUUUGGGAAUCUGGACUGUGUUACAACAGACAGGCUGAAACCUCUUCCUGAUGCUCUAAAAAAAAUUCCAUGUAUGGUAGUUAAAGUGGGUCUCAAGGAUGUUGUUGAUAAACCAAUGACAAAAGAAGCAAGUGACUUCUUAUCCAGCCUUAUUGGCAGAGAAGUUGAAAUGAAACUGAUUCUUGCUGAAUCAUACGAAGAUGGAGUGCAGCUGAUUCUGCCAGAUGGUUCCAGUCUGAGUGAUAAGAUGAAUGCAGUGCUAGAGCCUGGAUGGAAGAAAGCCAUGGCAGCAGGCAAGGAUCCCACAGAUUGUAAAGUCUUCACGGAACAUGAUAUUGAAUACCUGGAGUUGCCUGUGGGGCAGACUAUCGACUUUCUUGUUCUUCAUAAAUUGGAUGGUGUGAAUUUUAUGGGCUGUGAAGCAAAUACAGAAAUUCUGGUAUAUGUCCACAGAACCAUGGUAGAAGAAAUGAACAAUUACUGCAAUUCUGCUCCAGAGAAAUUAUAUGUUCCUAGAAAUUCUGAACUUUGUUUGGCCAGAUUUGAAGACGGAUUAUGGUAUCGUGCCAUGUGUCUUGAAGACCGUCCUUCAAAUGAAUAUAACAUAAUAUUCUUAGAUUUUGGGAAUAUGGCACGUGUUGAUAAGACAAAUAUUCGUAGGAUGGUACCAGAUUAUGUUAAAAUACCAGCUGUUGCAAUCCUGUGUUUACUGGAAGGACUUGACACGUCGACUGAGACAGUGAAGAAGCGGAUCUGCGAACUGGUUCAAGUGAACAAGACUUACAAGGCACGAAUUGUAUCAUGCUACAGCCCUGGAGCUUACGUCAUCGAGUUCCCUCAUGUCAAGGAAGUACUCAUGAAUGAAAACCUGCUACCUGCUAAGAAGUAAAAUGAAGAUGAAGGAAUCAUAUGCACAGAGGUGAAGUCUGAUGUGCAUUAUUGGUCUGUUUGUCCGAAUUUUAUAGUUUAUCUUUUUUGUAUAAAAAUAUGUAUGUUCUAAUCCAUAUUGGCCAUAGUCUUUUAUUCCCAGAAUCAUAGAUCAUAUGCAUCUCUGAUUCUUACUCCGAUGUAUUGGAAAAUGUUUACAAUAUUUUGAUUGUUUGAGUCUAGUAUUAUUUGCUCUUUACUGCCUCAGUUGUUGAGACAUGAAUUCAGUAAUUAAUUUGUAGUCCACAAACAUGAGUAUGUUGGUGUAUAAAACAUAUGUCUUACAUUAAUAUUGUUUAAAAACCAAAAUGUGACAUACACUGACAUGCCCACACUGAUGUGAAAGGCAGUCUUGCAACUGUUACAUGUAAUUAAUACACAUUCCAUUUGUUAAGUGCAUAGUAUCACGACUGCAACUCAGGUGAGUUAUAUUGAUAUGGUUUUCAGUAUGAUGUGUUUUGUUUUGUCAUGUGUAAUAUAACAUUAUAUUAACAUAAAAUAUCUUAUUGUUUUCAUUAUGCAAUCUGAAAAUUGACUUCAUGCUGAAAGUUCUUUGAUACAAACUAAUAUCGUAAGAUUUUUCUGUGAAUUUCCAGGAUUCUGCAGUCAUUUUGACAUAUGACUGAUUAAUAUUAAAUGUAUACAGAGAGUCGCACAUAAUUUGGAACCCAUCUGCUACUGUGCAGUACCUAUGUUCUUCAUUGUGCCUGACUAAUUUUCCAAUAGUUUGCUCCAUGCUGUCUUUACAGGUUUCUCGUUAGGUGGGACACUGUGUGUGUGAUUCUUUUGUCGCUUAAUGACAGCGGCAUUGACCUGAUCUGAAAAGUUCAUGUUAUAUUCUGUGCUUCAAUUUAAAUUUAAGACGUGCCUGUGCUCAGAAUUGUAUUGUUGGUGUAGUACAAAUGAGCAGGUAAUUUGGUUGUGUUGAAUGGAAUAUGUGAUCAGAGGUAAUGGAGCAUUGUAUAUUUUAUCCUUUCA